AUGAAAAACAAGACAAAUGCUCUUCCCAGAGAAGGAGAAGUCCAGCCUUCCAGGUGUCCAGAUAACAGUGCAUUCAAACAGCAGAGGCUGCCAGCUUGGAAGCCCCAGCUCACCAUUGCAUCUGUGCUCUCCAGCUUCUUUCUGACAGGGGCAUUCUGCCUCACUGUGGGAGUCUGCCUUGUCCUGUCUGCAAACAGCGUCAGAGAAAUACAGGUUGAUUAUUCAGAUAAAUGCUCAGAUUGUACAAAGCUCCGUGAAAAUUCCUCUAACUGGAAUAAGGAAUGCCACUGUUCUAUUAAUUUCACGCUAAAGGAAGAUAUAUUGGGUGAUGUUUUUAUGUACUAUGGUCUGCAAAACUUCUAUCAAAACCACCGUCGAUACGUGAUAUCAAGAAGUGACGCGCAACUAUUGGGCCGAAGUGUAAAUAUCCAGAGGAGCUACUGCACGCCCUUCAGCACCUACAGGAACGGGACCCCGAUGGCGCCGUGCGGGGCCAUUGCCAACAGCAUGUUCAAUGAUACUAUUGAUCUGUUUUACAAUUAUAACUCAUCUGUGAUUCAAGUGCCACUGCUGAAGACUGGAAACAGUUGGUGGACAGAUAAAAAUGUGAAAUUUCGCAAUCCUGAAUCAUACAAUCUCUCUUCUGCAUUUGCAGGGACAGCCAGACCUCCUUACUGGCAGAAACCAGUGUACCUGUUAGAUGAGGAAGAUGAGAGGAACAAUGGUUAUGUGAACGAUGACUUCAUUAUCUGGAUGCGAGUGUCGGCCUUUGCAACGUUCAGGAAUCUCUACCGGCGUGUCAGACGGGUUCAGCGCUUCACAGAGGGCCUGCCAGCAGGGAAUUACACCUUCCAUAUUUCCUACAAUUUCCCUGUUACCAUGUUCAAGGGGAGGAAGCAUGUGAUUCUUUCAACCGUGGUGUGGAGCGGCGGAAGUAACCCAUUCCUGGGAAUUGCCUACCUGGUUUCUGGCACAGCAGCAACCCUGACAGGUUUUGUCAUAACUGGCAUCCACUUAAAGCUCAGGAAAAAGAAAACAUACUUUCAGAAGCAAUAAGGUUCACCUUUCUGAACAAAGACAGAAGUGUGCAGUGAACAAAGAAGGUGCAGCAUAGACCUUCCAGUCUUUCCUCUGAGCUCUGGACCAUUUUCAGUGUCAGGUUUGGUGAAUGCAAGCAAACUGAGGAGCAGGGCUAGUCCAUCAUCUGAAACCAAACUUACCUGUGGUGCCAUUCUCAUUAAUGUACUUGUGAGCCUAAAUUUGUUUCCUAGGAAACUUGUAGUGAGAUGAGCUUCAAACAGCAGAUAGCGCAG